AUGGUCGAUGCGGUCCCAACUGAGGGCGGGCCUGCCCUGACGGCAUCCAGACCAGUUCGCAAGAAAUUCGCUCAACCACCCGUGAAGCUUGCUUGCCUUCCAUGUCGCGCCUCCCGAACGCGCUGCGGUGGUCAAGAUCCAUGUUCGAACUGUGUUGCCAAAGGUCGGAAAUGCUCUUAUUUACCGAGCAAACGGGGUGGUCCUCGCAAAAAGAAGCAAAAGUCCUCAUGCUCGCCAGAAAGGGAAGCCUCGCAAGGAGAGACCCAGUACAUGGUAGAUUCAUCCACGGACUUCGGUGACUCACCGGGGUUAUUCAACCAAAUCGACGUACUGUCUUUGCCAGGUGCAGGACUCCGGCACCUCGACUACCCUCAUGUCGGAUCACUGUUCCAGGGCUUCUACGUCGGGGAAGAUAGCUCGUCUCCGCUUCAGAUGGAAUCCAUGCCAUCCACGAUAAGCACAAGGUCCUGCCUCGUGAGAACGUACGGAACCGAGUCUGACAUUCUGAAUGCAUACUAUGACUUCAUCCAUCUAUACUUUCCCAUACUGCCGCCGCGGCCCUCCCGACAGUUCGAGGAUCGGCCGCUGCAUUGCCCGGUGUCCUCAGAGCCGACUUCCGAGCCAGUCAUGAUGUAUAAGCCUCGGUCGCCAUUGAGCCUGGCAAUUUCAGCAGUCCUUGCGCUCAUUCCUCAUCCAGAGGAUCCGGAGCCAUCCGCGUCUGUUUCAGUCCUUGUACGCAGAUCAUACGCACACUCAUUUGCGCAAUUGGCCAAUUCGAUGAUCGAAGCGGAGUGUGAUCUUGAGUUAUCUUCUACAUAUCCCGGUCAAGCUUUGUCGAGUAUGCGACCAUCGGUCAAUCGAGACAGACUCCACCCUUCCACGCCCGAAGACAUCGAGACGGUUCUGGCGCUCUUGAUCCUCUCCGUCUACGAAUACACGCAGCGAGGAAACCUGCUGAAAAUGAGGUACCGAGCCGGUCAGGCUUUGGCUCUUGCCCUCGAAAAGAACCUUCAUUCGUGCAAUGACAACGACCAUAUGUCUGAAGCUCGACGAAGGGCUUGGUGGAUGACGUAUUAUUGUGUCCUACAAGGCUCGAUUGUGAGCACAACUCCGCCUACGAUAGUAAUCAACGACCCUCAAUUUACAACACCAUAUCCCAAUUUCGAUUCAGACGCUGAGGGCUGGUCCAUCUUGAUCCAAUCACAGCAAGUCUUGGUGUCCGCAACCCAGUACAUAUCGGACCUCAAUAAAAGCUUGGCUACGCAGUCCGACCUGCACUACAUGUUCGAGCGUAUGCAGCAGCUUGACUCAUGGACCACUUCAGUGAUAGCGCAAACUGACGUGCUUUCCGCCCCACCGGCUGAGCCUGACUUUGGCGAUCGACGCGAAACAACAACCGCUCGAAGUAUACGUGCAAUAUCACGAAUCAAACUAUCAAGUGCACAAAUAAAAACCCAUCGUUUCAGGGCCUUUUCCGAUAUUCCCAUAUUCAUUAAGCGACACUGCGAUCUCAGUGCGGCAAAUUCAGCAAACAUUCCAACAGAAGUCCCAGUGAAACGAGCGAGUCGCGUGCUAGGAAAUCAGAGCAUUUCUUGCACUUGCAGUAAUCUCGAUCAAUUCCAGCGUGCUCCUUCCAGUGAAUAUCCAACUCCCUCCGACUCUUCGACCUCAUCCGAUAUUCAUCCUUAUGUGCCCACUUGGCCACAAUAUCCCUUCGCGUCUGGCUUCCCAUACAGUCCUCAGCAAUCUGCCAAAAUUUGUCUUCGGUCUGCACUUACUAUUUCUCGCCUCUUCGAGGCACUGCCUUAUCCACAGCCCUUGUCCGAAAAUGGCACAGCCCGAAUACUUGCAACCGGGCAGCCUCUGCCACGAACAAUGCCGUCAUUUUCAUGCUGUCUCAUGCAAAGCAGUUACGCAAUGCUCAUGAUAUUUUACAAAGCUCGUGUUGCGAAGCAGUUGUCCUCCGACUCCGAGAACGAGCUUGUCAGGCACGCCACGGAUCCCAUUGUAGAGGAGUUGAGACUCGGCUUGGAACGGAUCAUUGCAGCUAUCUCAAACUACUCGCUUGCGUUUGAAGCAUUGGAUGGAAUGCGAGAUGAAGUACAUGGUGCAUAUCAGACGGCAUUUUCCUCAACAAAUGUAUAG